AUGGAUAUUAGCCGCAUCCCUAACGAACGGAAGCUCUAUCUGUGCAAGUGGUACUUCAAAGCUGGACUCGCAUUGCUACCCUUUCUGUGGUCCAUCAAUUCGGUGUGGUUCUUCAAUGAUGCUUUUCGGAAACCAGCCUACGAUGAGCAAAAGGAAAUCAAGAAAUAUGUGAUAUUCUCGAUCGUGGGAACGCUGGUGUGGGUCGUGGCGAUUGUUUCCUGGGUGGUCACGUUCCAGCUGAAGCGGGAAGUCUGGGGUGAAUUUGCAGACAACAUCAGCUUCCUGGUCCCUCUUGGAAGGGCGUAGACCCGGUGGCGCAAUCGCAGCAGCGCUCUCACAAACCUCAUCCAUUACUUUAAUCACAAUUUCUCACUAA